GAAGCACUGUACAUCCGGUGAACAGUGCGUCGAAGAAGAAGAAAACAGGUUCCAACUUAGUCAUUAGGCAUUAAACGGCUACCUAACGGACUCAGCGGACGUGUCAUAAUAGAACUUCUACAGAACAAAAUUAAAUCAUGCUGCUUCGUAAAGUGAGCCAGUCUUCGAAACUAUGUGGAUCCAUUCUCAGGAUUCCUCCCGUGCUAUCAGGAGGGCAGCGUCAGGCCGGGGCUGUGGUUUCAGUGCAAAAUGCUCGUCUCUACGCCAGCCAAGCUGCAGAGGCAGUGCUGGACAAGCAGGCAGCGAUCGGCACUGAUGCUGUCACUCAAGUGGAAAAGAAGACGGCUGCUGCUGAAUCCAAAUCAUUCGCUGUCAACAUUUUCAAAGGGCAGAUUGCAACUGCCCAAGUGUUCCCCUACCCUUCAGUCAUGAACGAGGAGCAGGAGCAGUUUCUCAGAGAGCUUGUGGGGCCUGUCAGCAAGUUUUUCCAGGAGGUGAAUGAUCCUGCCAUGAACGAUGCCCUGGAGAAGGUGGAGGAUGCCACCAUGGAGGGCCUGAAGGAGAUGGGGGCCUUUGGCCUGCAGGUGCCCGCUGACCUGGGGGGCCUCGGCCUCACAAACACACAGUAUGGCAGGCUGGUUCAGAUCGUUGGCAGCCAUGACCUGGGGGUCGGCAUCACUCUGGGGGCCCAUCAGUCCAUCGGCUUCAAGGGAAUUCUGCUUUUUGGGAACCCAGCCCAGAAGGCCAAGUACCUGCCUAAACUGGCCUCAGGUGAGACCAUGGCCGCCUUCUGCCUCACUGAACCGGCCAGCGGCUCUGACGCCGCCUCCAUCAAAACCACCGCGGUCCAGUCCCCCUGCGGAGAGUUCUUCACUGUCACUGGAAGCAAGAUCUGGAUCAGCAAUGGAGGUUUGGCUGAGAUCUUCACAGUGUUCGCCAAGACCCCCAUGAAGGACCCGAAGACCGGCGAGAUGAAGGACAAGAUAUCGGCCUUCGUCGUGGAGAGGGGCUUUGGAGGGGUGACACAUGGCCCACCAGAGAAGAAAAUGGGCAUCAAGGCGUCCAACACAGCCGAGGUGUACUUCGAUAACGUCCGCGUGCCGGCCGACUGCCUGCUGGGCGAGGUGGGGGAAGGCUUCAAGGUGGCCAUGAACAUCCUGAACAACGGGCGCUUCGGCAUGGCGGCCGCCCUGUCCGGCACCAUGAAGGGAGUCAUCAACAAAGCUGUGGAUCAUGCAGCCAACAGAACCCAGUUUGGGAGCAAGAUCCACAACUACGGAGCCAUCCAGGAGAAGAUCGCCCGCAUGACCGUGCUGCAGUACGUCACUGAGGUCAGUCCAUGAAGCCGUAUCCGCACCGCAC